ACAGCUUGGUCUUGGUUCUUCACCAAUUCACCCCUCGCUUCGCGUCGCCAACUUCGUUCAGAUCCUUGAACCUUUCUUUCUCUUUCAUAAGUUUCUCCCAUUUGCAACAGCAAUGAACUUUAUGAUGGCUUCUUCCAAUGGCUUCGAUCCUUUCUCCCAGAACGUCACUUUCCUCAUGAAGGAUGGCGAAGUCAUCAAUCUCGGUGUAUCUGCCAUCGACAACUGGUACCUCUACUCUAUCAAGACCAGCAUCAACUAUGGUGCACAGCUCGGCGCCUGCUUCGUCAUGUUCUUCGCCACAGCUCUGCUUACCCGCGAGUCGCAACGUGGCAAGCCGGUCUUUAUCCUCAAUCUCGUCUCACUCUUCCUUGGUACUCUCCGAGCUCUUCUCCUGGCUGUCUGGUUUACAAGUCCUUGGUCAGAGUUCUACUCCUACUUCAGCGGGGAUGUCAGUCGUGUCGGCCGAGCUACCAUCGCCACCUCCGUCGCAGGCACCGUCAUUCCUGUUCUCAUGACCCUAACCGUGAACGCAUCGCUCGUCCUCCAAGCUCAAACCGUCUGUAAGGUAAUGAGGAGAAAUUACUACUACGGCACCUGUGCUCUCGCCUUCUUGGUCCUCUUGCUUGCCAUCAGCUUCCGUUUCACACAAUGCAUCACCAACUCCAUGGCAAUCAUGUCGGACGGCACAUACUACAGCAAGUUGUGGAUCAGGACCGGCGCUUUGGCAACCGAGACCAUCUCAAUCUGGUUCUUCUCUGCCAUCUUCACUUGGAAACUCUUCUGGACCAUCAUGACGCGCAGGAAGCAUGGAUGGAACAACAUGAACCCAAUGCAAAUCCUCAUGAUCAUGAGUGGCUGCACCAUGGUCAUUCCUUCCAUCUUCGCCGUCCUCGAAUACACCACCAUUGAGUCAUUCCCCGAUGCUGGCACACUCGCACUAACAAUGGUGGCACUCCUGCUCCCGCUUUCCUCACUCUGGGCUGCCAUGGUCACGACAGCACAAAGCUCCUCGUUCAACCUCUCCAGCAUCAUCGGCUCUCAGCAAUCACAUGAAAAUAUGUCUAGAGAUUGCUCAGAGUUGGGACGCAAGACUUUCUGCAGCCAGUCGACAUUCACUGGCCCUCUCGAGUCAUUCAAGGACAGAAAGGGCAGCUUGGCCCCGAUCAGUCCUUCAACUAUUGAUUCCAUCGUCGAGGCUCCGCCCCACGCCCGACGAGAUAGCACCGAGCUUGACCUUGAGGCCAUGGGCGUUAGGGUUGACAAGUCAUACAGUGUUCACAGCGGAAAAGGACUGGUCGGAAACUGAACUCUUGAGAGUGAUUGGAUUGAUUGGCUGAUAGAUGCAGCGCGAGAUGUAUUUUCUGGCGCUGGCGCAUCACUUCUGGAUUCUGACUGCGUAGGGUAGAUCUGCGAUUGGUGAGCUGCUUUGCUGUUUCCAACGGUUACCUUGGGUCUGUACUUUGAGUCUUCACUUACAUACACGAACUUUCGUGUUCUUACUUCUGGGUAUCAACUAG